AUCAUCAUCAUCAUCAUGUGUCCAUAGCAACUGUAUUUGGGCUGUUACCGAAUCAGAUCGUCGCUGCAGAUCAUUUUAAUGUUUGCAAAUGCAGCAAUCAGAAUGAGAGACUCGUCAGGGUGAGAUGGCGGAGAAGCGUCGCGCGGGCGCAGUGAUGUCGGACUCCGCGUCUGCCAAGUGUGAGAGCGACAGAGAGUUUCUGUCCCAGGCGGGGGUCAGCGCGCUGCUCAGGGGAGCUCUGCUCAAACUGGUCGAGUCCAGGCCGGAGGAUCCCGUCGGUUUCCUCGCCGAACACUUCGCGCAUCUGUCGUCGGAGGCUGAUGACGGAGGAUCGGAGCAUCAGGCUGUGAGUCGCGCGCUCUGGCACCUGAGUCUGGCGCAUCACUCACAGAGAUCAGCAUUCAACAGCAACAUCCGUGUGGCGUACGAGCUGCUGACUCAGUGCGGUCGGCGUCAGCGCGGUGUCGGAGGCGUCCGCGGGCGUCUGUACACGGAGACGCUCCAGUGCCUGUGCAGCGAGGGCGGUCUCUCCGGCACCACCGCCGCCCCGCUCCUGCGCCGCAUCCAGUGCCACGACUUCGAGUCCGUGCCCUUCGAGCUCUUCCGGCAGGGCGUGCUGACCUGCUCCGUGUUCGCCGACUACAUCCGGAAGUCCCAGUGUUUGUACGCGGCGGUGGCGAGCGCUCCGGACAGACCGGCCGAGAGGACGCUGUGCCAGGCGGUGCUCGCGACCCUCCGGGAGGCGCUGGAGACGGCGGACGGAGCGGACGUGGCGCGGUACCUGGAGGCCAGUGCCAAGAUCUCUCCUGCUAAAGUGGCGCAGGCCAUGGCGGAGGCUCAUCCCGGGAAACAGCAGGACGGUCCCAUCAUGGACGCGCAGGAGUUUGAAGAUGCCGCCGCGGCGCUCUUCAUCGCUCGAGUGCGAAUGGUGACCUGAGAGGAAAAAACUCUGUUCCUGUCUUGUUUUCCAGCACAAAUAUCUAAACAUUCUUAAAUCAAGAUACAUUUACUGGAGAAGAAAAAUGACUGAAGAUAUUUCUCAUUUCAACAAAAAUAUCUUAAUUUGUGUUCUGAAGAUGAA